AGUUGUUCGGGGCAGGCGAAGGUUUUUGUUUUGGUUUUAGAAUUGAAUCGUAGAUAUCUCUAAAAUAUCUUCCGUUAUUUAUAUAUAUCUACCGUGAACGUUGUUUAAACAUUUAGUGCAAAUAUUUAUAGAUAAAAGUUUAAGUUUACAUAAGCUUUUGUUGCUAUUUUACACCAAAUUAUUGUUAAAGUGUUGGCAGAGGCAGUGAUUGGGUGGUGGUGAGGUCUGUGUGGUGCCCCCGUUCCCAUUAUUUUUUGAGAAAGUGAAGCUUAUUGCUGUUGUUGGUGUUGCUUUUGCUAAAGAGAUUGGUAAAAGUUCCAUGAAAUUGUGCCCGAUAUGGAUGAUGAUUUUGUGUUCAAUGAGAAACAAUCUAUACGCGAUUCCUCGCGUUCUUUAAAGAAGUAUGGCAGUACAUGCUGCAAUCAAAACAUACGCAACAAUGAGACACUUGUCCGCCACGAAAUCGAAAAGACCGACACACUACAGGGCAUUGCUCUGAAAUAUGGAUGCACUACCGAACAAAUACGCCGAGCCAAUCGUUUAUUUGCCUCCGACAGUUUGUUUUUGCGUCAAUUUCUUAUGGUACCCGUAGACAAAUCAUCGAUCUACUAUCCAAAUGGUUCCAACAAUAGUCAACUGCAAAAUGACAUGAUCAGCAGCUUGGAGAAUGUGAUAGAGAAUGAUGUGGUCUAUAAUGGGAGUAGUGGUGGUGGUGGUGAUCCUUUAAAUUGUACCUCCUCCUCUACGUUAUCCUCCAAUUCUGCAUCGUCUUCGUCUAUGUCCACAGAUAGUAAUCCACGUCCAGCCGCAUUACCUACACGACCUUAUUCCAUAGCCGGUGAAUUGCUGGUACAGGCAAACGAUACAGAUACCGGCCUUUCUAUGUCCAAUAAUGGUAAUACCGCCAAACAGAGCAAAUCAUUGGAUUCGGUGGCAGCCUCAACCAUGACACCGGAGGAGGAAAGUCGUCGCAGCAUAAAUGAGUUUUUAAGCAAAAUUGAUAAUACCAUUUCGGAGUCACGCAAAUAUGUGGAAAAAUCGAAAGAAAUGAUCUCCAAUCAGACUGAUAAUGAUUUAUUUGUUGCCACCGAAGUUGUAUCCCGAAGACGUAACAACAACAUCAACAAUUCAUACAAAAAACAGAAUCAACAUCAGAAUCCAACACAUCAGCGCCACAGUUCAACGGGUAGCAAUUCAGAUACAGCCAAUCUAUUGAAUACUACACAAAUGCGAAGAGUACAUAAACGUUUGGAAAAGCAACAGGACGAUUUCUUUGAGUUGUAGCAUCAUAAACAGCGCAGACAUUAUCAUCAUAUGGUUUAAGAAUCAUACCAAUACGAAGCAUACAAUGCGCGCGCUUAACCAUAAAACAAACAAAGUACAUGAUCUUAUAAAAUCGUAUAUAAAUACAAUAUAGAGGAAUGUCUGUUAUGGCUUACCAACACCAUUGCUCCUGGAUUGUAAAUAAUUGGAAAUCAGCAAAUGCCAUAUUUGUUGGAAUUGUUUUAUAUAUAGUACAUACAUAUUUGUUAUGAUUUAUGGCCUUUUUUCAUGCACUGCACUGUUUGUUGAACGAUGUGGUGCGUUGUGGCCUCCAUUAAUUUUUGUUUUUGUAUAUUUUUAAAAUUUUGCUUAAUAUCAAUGAUGAAAUUUAUUAUGGGCGGCCCUAUCAGCAUAACAACGUACCACACACAAUACACAUACAUACACAAAUCUAGUUUAAGAAACAAUGCAAACUAAUACCACCUGCCUACUACUACCUACCAAAAAAAAAGUAGUACGGUAUUUGGGGGGAAAAAGGUCUUCUCUUUAUUAAUAAUCAAUUAGCGUAUAUAGAUCAGACCACUAUAUACAUACAUAUAUAUAUACUUACUUAAGCAUAAACUUGUGAUGUAAAAAAAAAGAAAGAAAAUAAACCUUUACUGUAAAAAUGUUAUUAUUACCCUUUACUUAUUAUUUCAUAUGCAGCUCUAUAGUUGAUGAUAUACCCUAUUUAUCCCAUUAUCAUGUAUUUCUAUGAAGAAAAAACAAACUUAGAAAAUUAAAUUUAAAAUUAUAAUUUAGUUGGAUUAUUUUAUAUUCUAGUUCUUUUUUUACUUGUGACAUUAUGUAAGAAAUAGCCCUUAUUUGUACCUUUUUGUUCAUAUUAUUACUUACUAUGUAAAAAUAAUUGCAACACCCAUUUAUGCGAUGUUUUUUUUCCUUUUUCAUUUUAUUUCAAAUAAAGUAUUAAUAUAUUGUUUUAAACAAAAAACCUAAAACAUACAUGAUCUUGCCUUGUUUUCUGGGCAUGCCUCUGUUUUAAUAAAAAAAAUUAUUACAGGUCUUCUCUAAAACAACAAUUUUAACUAGCACCACACCAUAUCUUUUAGCCUGACAAAAGCAUGUGACAAACUCGUUGUAAUAUUUAUUGAUGUAACAUCAUUCAACAAUGGGCAUACAUUUAUCUAAAUAGUUAGUUAAAUAAAUUAAAAACUUAAUAUACGUAUAUUUUUAAAACACGAUAAUAUGUAAUGUUUCCCUAAACAAGAAAGAAAAUGAUACAAAUUCUAUGUUUAACUACAAUAAUAUGUAACGCACCAAAAUUUACCUUCUUUACUUCGUGUUAGGGAGUCUUUUUUUCUCAAUGUGAUUAUCCUAUUUAUUAUCUUUUUCUAAUAUCCACAUACCCACCACAACCUCCCUUCCAUUUGCUACAUUCGUCAUUGUUUUUUUUUUCAAAAAUUAAUAUACCUACAUAUAUUAAAUAUUUUUAAUCAAACAUAUUGUAAAUGCAUGUUGUUGAUGAACCACCCAGACUUAAAGGUAUGUAACGAUUACUACUAACUUAUAUAAUUGUUGACAGUUGAACGAUGAAUGAGUGUAUAUUUUAUAGAUUAAAAAUCCAUGAAAUUAUUAAUUAAUAAAAUAAAUCAUUAAACUAUAUAAAACACUA